UGCUGCACAUACUAGAUAGUCUUUCUUGCCACUUUCAUCUCGUUUCAUCACAUAAAUACACAUUUAGCUGCCGUGCGAGAAAUGUUCGACAAGGUAUCGAUUUCAAUGGCGAUGAUCAAACCGGUCAACUGCAAAAAUUUACUGUUUGGUGUGACUGCUGUAGGCCUAUUCACUGUUGUGUUUAUCAGUUACUGGCAAUUAAUAAGACAGCCAAAAACCCCGCCAAAAACAAAUAACAGCAGUGACAAACUGAUAUUUAAAUGCAGCUGCAAUCGGACGUUAAAACAAGUUCCCAACAACAAUUCAGACAACAAUUCGACGGUACAUCGACCUGGCGGUUUCCCGUGGUGCAGUGCGAAUUCAUCCACACGCGGAGCACACCAGAAAGUCAUCACAUAUUCAUUAUUCGCUACUGAGAAUUAUGAAAAUUUGCCAGUGUCUAAACGUUAUGACACACUGUUACGAAAAAUUUUGAUUGCGGUGGAGAAACUGUAUCCCGGCUGGAUCGUCCGGAUUUAUCACAAUUUUCACAGUGAAAACGACCCAGACAAUUUUUUUGCCAAAGAGUUGUGCGAAUUGAAUUGCCAGUUUAAUCACCUCGACCUGUGCAAUGUUACAGAUAUCACAGCUAACAUCCCAGCACUGACACCCAUCGAUCCAGCUCUCCUUCGAGGACUCAACGGAAGGAUGUUCCGCUUUUUGGUUAUGCUCGAUCCCAAUGUCGACGUUUUCAUUUCAAGGGACUCGGACAGUGUCAUCUUGCGGAGAGAAGUCGACGCUGUUGACGAAUGGCUCCGCUCCAAUUACACCUUUCACGUUAUGAGGGAUCACCCAUUCCACUUUGCAGCUAUAUUGGCAGGUGCGAGUUUGCUUUCAUAUAGUCUAUCCCUAUCCGGUGGUGUCUGAAAAAAAAAGAAUGUGGGGAGUUAAACUUCACCAACAUCGAGAACUCGUUGAGGGUUUGACGAGAGCUAUGAUAAUGGCCGGCCAAGAUGAGGAAAAAUAUACAGACCAAACGUUGUUGGAUAAGAUCGUUUG